ACAAUCUUAAAUGAGCAGACAUAAGGAGAGAAACCACUUCCUCGUAGGAUUACCUGAGAGCAGCCUCAAAAAUGAAAGGCUACGUAUCUCUCGCCCUUCUGCUUAGCUUUGCUUCCUGUGCCAAGUCAGUAAGUAUCACUACGCAGACACCCAUAAUUAUGGCAGAAAGUACCACUACCCAGGGACCCACCACUACCCAGGCACCCAUAACUACGACAGAAAGUACCACUACCCAGGGACCCGCCGCUACCCAGGCACCGACAGAAAGUACCGCUACCCAGGGACCCACCACUACCCAGUCACCCAUAACUACGACAGAAAGUACCGCUACCCAGGGACCCACCACUACCCAGUCACCCAUAACUACGACAGAAAGUACCGCUACCCAGGGACCCACCACUACCCAGUCACCCAUAACUACGACAGAAAGUACCGCUACCCAGGGACCCACCACUACCCAGUCACCCAUAACUACGACAGAAAGUACCACUACCCAGGCACCCAUAACUACGACAGGAGAUACCUCUGCUACACAAUCUGCAUCUUCUCCAGAAGCACCUCUGGGCUGUGCAAAUAAACCGUGUGGUGGCAAUGCUAAGUGCAUUAACCUAUAUCAAGGUUAUAUGUGCCAGUGCCCAUAUGGAUACUACUAUAGCACAUCAAGAUGUCAGGAAGGAAAAGUAUUCCCUGGACAGUUGACACUGAAAACACCGUAUACCGACAGCAUGGCACAUGAAAACUCUCCAGAGUAUAAGCAAUUAUACAAAAAUGUCACAGAUUUUUUCAACACAACUUUCAAAAAUAAGACAGACUAUGGAGAGACAAUAAUUGUGAAUAUAAGACAAAGUUCAGCAAAAUCUAAAAUACAGAUUAAAGCGGAGACCAGUGGAACUAUCGUGACAAUAAGCAACAUGUUUGAAGUGACCACAGAAUUAAACGCUAGUGGUGUUGCUAGCCUCAUAGAAGAAGCAUUGAAAGUCCAUUCCUAUUUCAAUAAUGGCAGCUAUCAAAAACUUUCACAAUGUGACAUUUAUGGCUGUGAUGAGGCAACUACUAAUUGUGUGGACACUGAUGGACUAACGUGUGAGUGCAAAUCAGGAUUGUCUAAGAAGAACAAAGAAGAAAAAACCUGUUCAGAUUGUGAUAACACAUGUUCUGAAGAAGAUCACAUGCAUUGUGUUACGGGUAAAAACAGCGCCCCAGUUUGCCAAUGUCUUCCUAAUUUCAAAAACAAAGAUGGAAACUGCGUGAAGUGUGAUGUGGGCUACUCUGGAGUAAACUGUAGCAACAAUUCCUUGUUGAUCCUUAUCAUUGUGGCUGUCCUAUGUGGGGCUCUGAUCCUGGGCUUAGCUGCAGGACUCAUUUUCACUUCAAUGAGAGCAAAUAAAAGGCAAAAUCCAGAGAAGAGGCAUUUGCUGAGAGAGGACUAUUCAGAUAACAGAGAAACACCUGGACUUGUUUCUGCCAUCAACCCUGCUGCAAAUGAGAAAAUCUUUCCCACAAUCCAGACUAGCAAUGCUAGUCAAGUGAACCCUUAUGAGAUGGGACCACAAACAAGGAGACUUCCUGAGAGGGAUUAUGAUGAUGAUGAGUUUGAAACGACAUCAAAGGGUGAUGGCUUCAGGCUUCAGCGCAGAUACUGAAUUUAAGCAGAACAAGAGACCAGCAGCUUGGAGAGAUAUGAGAGCCAUGACAACAGACCACAGUCGAUGGGUUCUGCAGCUUCAUCACCUACCAGAGGAUUUUCAUUGGGUAGCAAUUAGAAUGCUUAAAUUGACGACAAAUUCUGCAGACGACUUUUUAAAUGAAGACAGCAAUCUGAAGGAGACAUCUGUAUAACUAAUCUGCUUAAAUAAGUGAAAAUUAAAAUGGGGACAAGAUGUAUUUAAGGACACUAUGGGCUUGUCCAUCACAGAUUGUGUCUACACAAGAUUUUUUCAGGAAGCCUCCCACCCUUGCAGCUUUAGCAGUGGCAGCCAUAGUGGGAGAGCUAGCGUAUACAGGGCACCAGCAUUUUAACCCCGGUGUUGUCUAACUCUAUUCAGAGAAGGUCCAGAUGACAGGGUGAUGACAGCCAUCUGAGCUGGUCUGCACCAGCACUCUUGCCAUUGCUACCACGGGCAAAGAUGUGUUAACAUCAUGAAAAACUGCCACACAAAAAAAGUAGUGUAAGUCCAGGCUACAAAGAACAGUCUCCCAGAUUUCAUACUGCUUUGGGUUCCAAAUAGAUAGCGCUGUCUUGGGAACAUUCAAACAGAUGAGCUCCAAUCUCAACUGGAGCCCCUAAGUGUUGCUAUAAAACAAAUAAUAAAAGAUCUGGUUUCAGAUUCCAACUCUUGCUUGCCACAGCCCCUUCAUGUUGGAGGGUCUUCAGUUCUGUGAGACCCAGAUCGAGGCCUGAGCCUGGUGUCCAGAGCCAGGGCUUCGGUCUGAACCCAUUUACACUUCCCUCCGCAUACAAUGGCAGGGCCACUACCUCCCAAGGAUGCCUUUUACAAAAGCAUUAGCUUCCCAUCACAUAUGGUUUGUGAUCACUUUCAGCUUCUCUGGACGUAAGCCUGGUAUAAAGCAUAUUUCUACUAAGCUUCCUGAAAAGAAUUGUUACUUGGAUUUUUUUCCCCUUAUUAUUUUUAUUAUUCAAUUUCGCUGUCUUUUUACAUUCAGUAAAUCUUUUUUAAUAUGAUACCUAAUCCAUAUUUUACUGUAUAAUUUAUCAUAUAAUGUCUCCAUUGAUUAGCACUAGCAUUUCAAACUCUGUAUAUAUAUUUAAAAAGGUUAGGUGCCUAUAAAAUAUAAUUUAAUUUAAUUUAAUUACCAUGUUACAGUUUGUGAUUUGUGUUCUUGGGACAUACAAACUAACUUGUGUUCUAUUAAACACAGCACUUGCUCAAUAA